AUGCUCUCCCCGCUCAAAAUGUCGCCAGCCAUUUUCCUCUGCAUCUCCUUGUUGUCCCUCUCCAUCUUCCCUUCCACUCCCCAAGCCACCGUCCCUCCCUCCGCCCGAUUCUCCUUCACCAACGAAGGCGAUUUCGGCGACUACAUCGUCGAAUACAACGCGAACUACCGCGUUCUGUCCAUCGCCACCACCCCAUUCCAGCUCUGCUUCUACAACACCACUCCAGGGCAGUACACCUUGGCCCUGCGCAUGGGAACCGUGAGGUCGAAGCCUUGA